AUGGCGUCGAGUUCAGUCAGUCAAGAGAGUUUGGAUAUGGAAGAUUUCGAAAAUCAAGCCAAACGAAAUCGGAUUCGAACCCAUAGGGGUCGAGGUAUGAUACAUAGAUCUGCUGAGAGGGAGGGUAGCGAUCAGUGUGAGAGGGAGGCGAGGGAACAGAAUGGGGACCAUGAGAAAGAAAAUAAUUGUGCCAGUUUGAGCCUGGUACAAACUGAACAUGAUUCCCCCACCCGUGGGGCAGCCAACAGGAUGAAAGACAAAAGGACUCGCCCUAAUCAUCUGCAUAAAGGGAAGCUACCCAAAGAUAAAAGAAAAUUGAGGGAGAAGAGAAGAAGUACUGGGGUGGUACAUCUACCUUCCACAGAGACAGUUUUGGUUGAUUAUGAAAACUGUAUUUUGGCCAUCUUAGUGUUGACUAUUGACAACAUAGAUAUUAUCUAUUCUUGUAUAUAUGAAGAGCCAGACAUUGUCAUAUUGAGUGUGUUUUAUAAAUAG